AUGUGGAGAGGCAGAUCAGGAAAUAGUGAUAGUUAUUGGGACAACAUUGAGAAAAACCUGUAUGACAUGUUUUUCUAUGAAGCUGACAAUAUACAACAGAUAUACCAUGAUGAGGGGCUUGCGGUUCCAAUAUAUCAAAGGCAUGAUAACAAUUAUUCAUAUGGAGAUAAUUACGGAAGCAGUAGUUCUUGGGGGGAGUACUCAGGGCAUACAUCAGAUGAAGCUCUAGCAAGACACUUACAGGAGAUGGAGGAUGGUUUCCAAAACUUUUCCUUUGAUGAACACUUUAGAACAGUGUCUGCAGGGGCUGGAGGUGUCCGUCAAGAAGGACCUUCGUUUUCGGGGGAAGAUCAAGAUAAUGUUGAUCCUGAUAACAUGACGUAUGAGCAAAUCUCCGAAUUAGGACAAUCCAUUGGUAGUGCUAAGAAAGGACUAUCAAUAGAGCAGAUGUCCCGGUUACCAACUCACAAAUACAAAGGAUCAUCCAAGAAAAAGGGCAAAUCUGCUGAUGAAGACUCAGAGUCAGUUUCCACAAAAUAUAGGAUUUCUUUUUCUGAUAUAAUUAUGCUUUAUGUUACACGUGAGCCCAGGUGUGUGAUAUGUAAGAUGCAAUAUCGCCGGGGGGAUGCAUUAAUGACCCUGCCCUGCGCACACAAGUAUCACGAGGAGUGCAUUAAGAAUUGGUUAGAAGAAGACAACAGCUGCUGCGUCUGCAAAGAGGAGGUGACUGUAUGAUUUGGGGAGGCUUCCAUGUUAGGAAUUACUGCUUCUGUCCACCUUUCUAUAAAGUUGUACAUAUUUAACUCUUUUACAUUUUAUUUAGUUCUUUCUUCUGCUGUUCCCUUAAACACUGAGUUAUAUAAGUUAUACUUUUAAAAUCUCGAAUGCAUCUUACGUCAAUGAGAAAAACUGUACUAUUCUGAAUAAUAAUAAGUUUAAGGUAGCUGGUUUCAUGUCAUGCCUGCAACUAACUAUUCUCCAUGUUCAAAUCAAAACCAAUCUGCUAUGCCCUGUUGACUGCCAGAAAUUCCAUCAAUUUGACUCUUCCUGGCUCCUGCAUUCAUGCAGAUCAAUGUAAAAAUUCAACAGCCUUUGUUUUCAUGUUUUCAUCCCUAUCCAGGAAUGCCGGUUGAUUUACUCAGACAACAAUGAUCUCAAAACUGGGGAGAUAUCCUUCUUUACUAGCAUCCUUUUUCCAGGCGCUAGCCCCUAAAGGAUGGACUGAUAGCCCUGUUAUCAUAGUACUCUAUUAUUAACAAUGGAACAAAAAUUGGCCAAAAAAAAAAAAGAAGAAAAACAAUGGAACAAUGACAAUAAACAGUACUGUCACUGCUCUUUUAACAUGGAACCAGGAUAACAAAAAGAGGGUGGGCUAUAACCGCAUGUGUUUCAUACUAUAAUUUUCAUGAACAUAAAUGUACCCAAGAGGCGGACA